GUUUUUGUAUUGCAUUUUGCUCCCUGCUCGAUGGAAGGAACCACUCACGUUGGUCAAGGCCGAUUGUGAUUAUCAGGAACUCGUUUGUUUUAUUUCGCGUGUUUACUGUUAUCGUGCUGAAUUCACCAUCGUUUUCGGAAGAAUAGCUAAGUUUUUCGUGGCGAAUAUUCCACGAAAUAAUCUCGAGUCGCGCAGCAAUGUUAGUUCUUACAGUAACACUUUGAGCUGGACGUGAAAGGUUCAAUUUCGAACAUGAGUGUUGUUAUCAACGUGUUUACUUUCAUACUGUGUGUUUCAACUUUCAUCCAGUUUUGUGACCAGCAGUUACUCAUAAAUGUUCAAAAUCAGGGUGGAGAUGUGUUGCAAGAAACCAUCUCUGCCAACGUAAGCGAGGAUGUGGUCACUCUCGAGUUCCAAAGGUCCGACGGAACCCUCAUCACACAACUCGUCGAUUUCCGCCAUGAGGUGAUGAUCCUAAAAACUCUGGUUCUGGGUGAAGAAGAACGCGGUCAAAGUCAAUAUCAAGUAAUGUGUUUUCUUAGUCACAUCAACAAAGACGAAUUCAUCUCGUCGGACGCUAUGGCCAAGCUGAGACAGAAAAAUCCGGGGACGAUCCGAGUGGCAGAGAUGAAUCGCGGUCAAGCGAACCUGACGAUGGACCUGCAGGUGGACGUGCCCCGCUCAGUCGUCAUAUCAAAACACGUAGUUCCUCUCUGCAACGAAGCUGCAGACUCCACCUACACUAGACUUCACGAUAUCAACACGUGGUCUUCAUUACCAGGUGCAUCUCUGAUCAACCUGAUGAGCGCGGUGAAGCACUUGCCGAACUCGAACAACAUCGACCUGUCGUCGAGCAAGCAUAAAACGCACACGAGGUGCAUGAACACGAUGGAGCUGUGGGCGCCGUGCACCUGCCAGCUGGAGCUCUGCAUAGGUUGGUACCCGUGCGGGCUCAAGUACUGCAAAUCCGCCAGCAGCAAACUCGUCGACAGCAGCUACCGCUGCGGCAUCAAGACCUGCAAGAAGUGCUACAUGUUCCGCUACCACGUCAAACAGAAACAAUUUUGCCUCUGGGACGAAGUGUAGGCGCUCCGUCUAGCUCGACCUUAAUCUAAGGUGAAGUUUGUACCUGAUCAAGCUGCAGAUCGACCAUAAUCGCGGGGGAUCUGUUAUCGUUGCUUUGGCCUAAGUCACCGUCCAUCCAAAGUCUUCAAAGAGUAACAUGUACUCCCGAAUUAGUGCAGCGAAAACGUCCUGUCGCGCACUGGAGCGAGUCAAUAGGAGAGCCCGGACAUGAUUUAAGAACUUCAAAAGCAUACACUGGAAAAAAAACACAUUGGAUCUAGAGUCCAGACUCUAGAGAACAUUGACAAGAAAAAAUACUCUUGAUUCA